CAGCGUGGAGCAAGUUCUGAGGAAGGGGCCAGCAUGACACUGCAGUGCACCAAGUCCGCGGGACACUGGAGGGUGGUGGUGUGGGAUGAAGAGGGCUUCCAGGGCCGACGGCACGAGUUCACGGCUGAGUGCCCCAGCGUCCUGGAGCUGGGCUUCGAGACCGUGAGAUCUCUGAAAGUGCUGAGUGGAGCGUGGGUGGGCUUCGAACACGCUGGCUUCCAAGGGCAGCAGUAUGUGCUGGAGCGGGGUGACUACCCGAGCUGGGAUGCCUGGAGCGGGAACACGGCCUAUCCCGCUGAGCGCCUCACCUCUUUCCGGCCCGUAGCCUGUGCGAACCACCGUGACUCCAGACUGACCAUCUUUGAGCAGGAGAACUUUCUGGGCAAGAAAGGAGAGCUAAGUGAUGACUACCCCUCCCUGCAGGCCAUGGGCUGGGACAGCAAUGAAGUGGGCUCCUUCCAUGUCCACUCUGGGGCCUGGGUGUGCUCCCAGUUUCCCGGCUACCGAGGUUUUCAGUACGUGCUGGAGAGCGAUCACCACUCCGGUGACUACAAGCACUUCCGAGAGUGGGGAUCUCACGCCCAGACCUUCCAGGUGCAGAGUGUGCGCAGAAUCCAGCAGUGAGCGGGCAUGGCGGAAGAGCUCAGGCAUGCGCAGUCCUGCCGGUGUCGCCCUGGCGGCUGCCAUGUGCUCUGUCCUGUCCCCCGCGUGACCCCUUGGAACCCCGCCUGCGUGUCAGCCCACCCGCUCACAGUCCGCACAAACAACUCACUGGUGAUGAUGAUGAUGAUGAUAAUAAAAAGAAGGCCCAGUAUUAGCUGUGCUUUUCCAUUUUA